UUGAGCUUUCAAGUUUUCAGUAUGUUCUCGAUCGGUACUGUAUGUGCAGUGUCGCGUUUUGUGAUCGAAUACGAAGUCUCGCGAAUAUCUCAACAAUCGCGACGUUUACCGAACACGAAAGAUUCGCGCUCGUAUAUCAGUGGCGCGACAUGAACGCGAAUUCUUGACUUUGCAAGUUAUUGUGCUCGAACGACACAAACAGGAACGUUUACCUUUCGCUUCCAGAAAAAUCGUGGGAAAUCGAUCGGCAUGGCCAACGUACCCGGUACCGUGUUCGCUGCCUUCUCGAUCCUCAAGGAUCACGUCAAAUUCAAAGUUAAUCAAAAUUCGAUAGCCAUUGACAAUAUCAUUUUCAGAUUACAUUACAGAGCUACGUUUCUGUUGCUUCUCGUUGCGUCUAUUCUAGUCACCUCCAGACAAUUUAUCGGAGAACAUAUAAGGUGCAUCGCCGACAGUGGUGUACCGUCAAAGGUUAUCGAGACAUUUUGCUUUUUCAUGUCCACAUACACCGUGGUGAAGCAUCUGAAUGCUACCGCGGUACAACAGGGCGAAUUACCACAUCCUGGCGUUGGACCAGCUGCCAAAGACGACCCUGUCAUACACCAUGCUUAUUAUCAAUGGGUGCCCUUUGUUCUAUUCUUCCAGGCACUCCUCUUUUACUUUCCGCACUACCUAUGGCGAAAAACAGAAGGUGGCCGGUUAAAUAUGCUGGUAUCAGGAUUACAUAUGGCAUCUUUGUCAUUAAACGAAACGGAGAUUAAGGUAAACGAUAAUGUGAAGGUGCCAUCGAGAAAAGAACGCGAUGAGAAGAUACAACAGAUUCGCAUUGGCUUCAUAAACCGCCUGCACUUGAAUCGUCCAUGGGCAUACACUCUGACUCUUUGCGAGAUUAUGAAUUUCAUAAACGUGAUCAUGCAAAUUUACUUGACCGACUGGUUCCUCGGAGGAGCUUUCUUCGGUCUUGGUCAGGCGGUCUCGGAGCCUCCAUCUAAGGAGAAAAUGGAUCCACUUGAUAUAAUAUUUCCAAAGGUCACUAAAUGCAUUUUUCAUAAGUACGGUCCUUCUGGUACCAUACAAAAGCACGACGCGUUGUGUGUGAUGGCACUGAACAUCGUUAACGAAAAGAUCUAUACGGUCCUCUGGUUCUGGUUCGUCGCUCUGGCAAUACUAACCGGUUUGGGAUUGGUUUGGAGAAUACUGACUAUAAUCUUUCACGCAAGAAGUACGUCAUUCAACAAGUUUGUGUUUUCCAUGGCAUGCCCUGGAAAGUACAAUCCAUGGAACGUACUCAAGGUCACUCACGAGUAUUAUUUCGGCGACUGGCUGUUUCUCUAUUACAUAGCGAAAAAUCUGGACAACUAUGUAUUCAAGGAACUCCUUCAGAGUUUGGCGGAGGAAUUGGAGAAUAAACGUCACGCUCGUUAUAAAAUUGCACCACUAGAAGUGGAGCAGGAAGAAUUGUUGAACAGGCAAUGGGGAGAGAGUCUUAAAUCUUCCAAUGAGAACGAAAAAAUAAAGUAACCUCUAUAUAAUUAUCCCUACUACUUAUCCCUAAUAAUUAUCUGUAAAUAGACGAUUUCGAGAGAGAGAGAGAGAGAGAGAGAGAGAGAGAGAGAGAGAGAGAGAUUAAUGACAUGGAUAAAUGGAUCAAUAACUAUUUGUUUAAAUCCAUACUGUUUUGACGAAAUUUCAAAUUGAAACACAUGGUUUUAAUAUUUUAAUUAAUUACUUAAUUAACUUAUAUAAAGAGUUUCUACGAGAAUAUUGACGUAAAGAGCCGAUGAUAUGAGUUUAACAGAUAAAUAUUGGAUAAAUCCGCUACAAUUGCAUGUGAUUUAUAACAAUGCGACGAUCGUUGCAUUGUUAAUGUUUACGCCAUCCGAGAUCGCUAUCUCGCGUGCAAAAAUGCGGACUAUUCGAAGCGGAUAGCAAGAAGAAUAUAUUGUGCACCUACAUGGACAACAAUCGCGUGUAUUCACACGCGUAUUAUAACACUGCCAAAUUGUCUCUUUACGUAUAAAUGUAUAAUACUUUAGCUGCGAUUUACUACGAUUGUAGAAUAAUGCGCGUCUCGCGUGCGUUGUGUCGCAGACUUGCAUAGUCACAUUUGUAGCCACGCACGACAUAACUGCUCAGUCGAUCGUCUUUUAACUACCUCGUACGAAGGAUUCGUGUGUACGUUACGUGCGAUCGUAUGUCGAGCAUAUGCGCAUGCAAACGGUUACAUGCGUAAAUACGUCCGUACGUUGCACCGACUCGAUAAAUGGGUCCGACAAUAAUUCGAAUCGUUAAGUCGUUAAGGUCUCUGAUUGGAAUUAUGCCAUGGCCUAGUAUCGAACAAUCGCGCGUUCGAUACAUUUAAGUUUUACAGCUCUAAAGAAUUAUUACUCGCGUAUCUUGUAUCGAUCGUUCGAAAAUAUCGACUUGAUAAAAGAUCUACAUUUAUCUCAUAUUUAUAAUUUCCCAUCUAAGAACAGCUUCGAUUUAGUUUCACGUGAGAGAUCAUUUUCGACUUUAAAUCUACUGUAGCUUUAGAUUUAUAUAAAAACCACAUGUUUUGUUAAAUCAUUGCAUUUAGAUGUUGCAUAAUCGAUCAGCAUAAGUUAUUUAUAUUCUAGUGAACAUAAAAAUCGGAGUGUAAGUCAAAUGUCAAGGAAACAAAACGAAACUUUAAAAGGUAUUUAUAUAUCUUGGAAAUUCCAUUUACGCUUCUCUGUUGCUCUUCCUUUAUACCUAUUCAACUUAUUUUUAUUCCCGUCGCUCCGAUUUUUAUUUUCGUCAGGGUAUUAAAUAUUUAUACAAUAUUGUAUGCUACGGUUAAA